AUGGGCGAGUACAGCGUGCCGCCACUGGCUUGCGACACCGAGCCGGCCUGGGUGAGCGUCGGCGUGGGACGGGUGGUCGUGCGCGAGGAGGCGCGCCGCGCGCACGGCACCGUCAAGUGCGAGUUCGCCGAUGUGCUGUUCGUGACGGACGAGAGGGUGGAGGAGGGCGCAGUGACGGUGUCGGAGACAGCGUACGAGCUGCACGCGUCCGACUUCGUGCGCGUCAGGUGCCGCGCUGCAGACGGCGCCACCUGGCAGAACGUGGUGGCCGGGGUGCGCGCGGGCGCGGCGCCCAGCGCGCGCCGACUCGAUCAGCUCUCCCCGAGCCAGCUGCCGCUUAACGUCCUCAUCUGGGGCUUUGACUCGCUGUCGCGCAACACGUACGAGCGCAAGCUGCCCAAGACCGUAGCUUUCCUGCGGAAGCAACUGGGCGCGGUGAUCCUGCAGGGGUACAACAUCGUCGGUGACGGCACGCCGCAGGCGCUGAUCCCGAUACUGACGGGUCAGACGGAGCCGGAGCUGCCCGAGACGAGGAAGCGCUUCAGCUCGGCUGACUUCGUCAACGUCUACCCAUUCAUUUGGAAAAAAUUCGCCGAUGACGGCUUCGUCACCGCCUUCAAUGAGGACCAGCCGCACAUCGGCACGUUUCAGUACCGACUGAAGGGCUUCAUGCCGCAGCCAACGACGCACUACAUGCGUCCUUUCUACCUGGCCACGAAGCCCGGGUUCGGCAGGCACAAGCCACACUGUCUGCGCGACACGCCCCGGCACAAGGUGAUGACGGACUACGUAGAGCAACUAUACGCCGCCUACCCGCACACAGCCAAGUUCAUCUUCAGUUUUCACUCCGAGCUCUCGCACGACGACGUGAACCUCGUGGGCGUGGCCGACGACGAUAUGGUGGCCUUCCUGACGCGCAUGCGCAACACCGGCGCGCUCAACAACACGGCGCUGCUGAUGAUGGCCGACCACGGGCACCGCUUCACCGCCGUCCGCAACACGCAGCAGGGCAAGCUGGAGGAGCGGCUGCCGUUCGUGGCGUGGGCAUUGCCGGCCUGGGUCGGCCAGCGGUACCCGGAGGCACUCGCCGCGCUACGCCAGCACGCCCAGCAGCUGACCACGCCGUUCGACCUGCACCAGACGCUGCAGCACCUGCGCCACUGUCUCCUGCGGGCGGGCUCGGCGGCGCGCGGCUGCGCUGAGGCGGCGCAGGAGGCGGCGCGCGCCUUCGAGCGCUAUGUCAACGCCGAGCAGGAGCGCCAGACGCCCGGACGCUGUGCGCCGCUCCGCGUCGAGGAGAUCCUGAAGGCAGAGGUGCUUCAGCCGCAGGCUAACCUGCUGCGCUUCGUGAAAUCCAAGGACAAGGACGGCUUCGUGCCAGACCUGAGCAGCGCCGGCAUGACCGCCCAGCCCAUGAUGCAACUGCGCAUGCGCGCCGCGCCCGGCGCCCGGACGUUCGAGGUCACGAUGACGCGCAAGGGGAGCGGCGAGUUCGCCGUGCGCCACGAGGACGUCAGCAGGACUGACCGCUACGGCGACCAGGCCCGCUGCGUCGCCGACCGCAUGGACCACAUGCGCAAGCUGUGCUUCUGCCGAGACUGACCUUGACUGACCUUGACCUUGACGAGACACCUUGACCGCUGCCCGAUGAGGACGUGAGCUCGAAUCCCGCCCGGUUGCAAACGUGCGUGAGGCGGAUCGUGGUCGGGGACACCCAGGACUCGUUACCAGGAAUAAAAAGCUUGAACGAAUCAGGGAAGUAGAUAAAAACAAGACUGGAGGUUCUAAGAAGCAGUUCCUCGGGCAUCAAAAUUCAAGAACAAGACAUCUCUGCGGCACAUCAUCUGCUCGAAGUGAAUGCAAUCAUCUGCGUCUUUCAUGACAAAACCUACGUGACAUGAUCUAUGAAGACUGCCUGAAGCUAAAAGAAAACGCGCUAGCAUUGUACGACGAUCGCCCCUUUGUCGGCGAGCCGCCGACUCGAUCGGAGCGCGGCCUGUUCAACCAGCUUCUAGUCACACAAAGGAAAAGGUGCUGCGGGCGGUCUCCGGUCUCCGUCUCCGGCCCCCGGUCUCCG